CGCUGCACAAACCACUUGGCGGGACUUUGCCGGCUGCUGUGUUCAGUUUGCGAUUAUCCGGGGCUCUGCGGAAUCUGUUAGGGAGUAGGGCGUCCUCCCCGGGAAAGCUACUUCUCCGGCUUUCUGCGCCCUCCCUUUGGGAUGUUUGGGGGCUUCCCCCGCAUAUUAAAAGCAAUUUCCAGUGACUGACGGCUCGGGCCUUCUCACGCCCUGAGGUUUGGGGCCAUCUAGUCACCUCCAGUCUCGAGCCCCUGGAGGGUGACGGGGUAAGAGGCACCUUGUCCGGCUCGGCGAUCUCCACACCCGUGGGUUUCUUGGGCUCGGAGGUCGGAGCUGGGUGGGCCCAGCUCCCCGGCCAACCUCCCGGGUCACCAUGGCAGUGUCUGCCCAGAACCUGGAGGAGGAGUUGCAGAUGUUCGGCCUAGACUGCGAGGAAGCUCUGACUGGGAAAUUGGUAGAACUGUGCCUUCUGUACGGACAGAAUGAGGAGGAAAUGGCAGGCGAGCUUGUAGCUUUCUGUACCAGCACACACAAAGUUUCCCUUACUGCAGAGAUCCUGACCUCUUUUGAGCAUGAGUUUCUGAGCAAAAGACUGUCCAAAGCCCGGCACAGUGCGUCCAAGGACAGUGGGCACGCAGGGGCUAGAGACAUUGUUUCCAUUCAAGAGCUAAUUGAAGUGGAGGAAGAAGAGGAGAACCUCUUGAACUCUUACACCACACCCUCCAAGGGUUCACAGAAGCGAGCUGUCACCACCCCAGAAACCCCGCUAACAAAAAGAAAUGUGGCUGCUCGAAGCCCCCAUCAGCUCCUCUCACCAUCGAGCUUCUCUCCAAGCGUCACUCCUUCUCAGAAAUACAACUUGAGAAAUAAUCGAGGAGAAGUGGUCACCUCCUUUGGCUCAGCCCAGGGAGUGUCUUGGUUGGGGAGAGGAGGAACCGGUAAUGUCAGCCUGAAGGUCAUGGGGUCUCCAGAAUCACUAACGGGGAGCUACGAAUCUAUGUUUCAGAAGCUCCCAGACAUUCGAGAAGUUCUGACCUGUAAGAUAGAAGAACUUGGCAGUGAACUCAAGGAACACUACAAGAUUGAGGCCUUUACUCCUGUUCUAGUCCCAACACAAGAGCCCGUCACUCUGCUGGGCCAGAUUGGCUGUGAUAGCAACGGGAAGCUGAACAGUAAGUCAGUGAUUCUCGAAGGAGACCGAGAACAUUCCUCAGGUGCUCAAGUUCCAGUGGAUUUAUCUGAGCUCAAAGAAUAUUCUCUGUUUCCCGGCCAGGUUGUAAUUAUGGAGGGAAUCAACACCACUGGCAGGAAACUUGUCGCCACCAAACUCUACGAGGGGGUGCCCCUUCCGUUUCAUCAGCCCGCUGAAGAGGACAGAGAUUUUGAACAGGAGAUGGUCCUGGUUGCCUGUGGGCCAUAUACCACCUCUGACAGCAUCACGUACGACCCGCUGCUGGACCUGAUUGCCAUCAUCAACCACGAUCAGCCAGACGUGUGCAUUCUGUUUGGACCUUUCCUAGAUGCGAAGCAUGAGCAGGUUGAGAACUGUCUACUAACAAGCCCAUUUGAAGAUGUCUUCAAGCAAUGUCUACGAACAAUUAUUGAAGGGACAAGAAGCUCUGGCUCCCACCUUGUAUUUGUCCCCUCGCUGAGAGAUGUGCACCACGAGCCUGUGUACCCACAGCCGCCUUUCUGCCACCCCGAUCUGUCUCGAGAGGACCAAGAGCGAGUUCUGUUCGUCUCGGAGCCCUGCACCCUCUCCGUAAAUGGCGUGAUCUUUGGCUUGACGUCCACGGACCUGCUGUUCCACAUGGGGGCUGAGGAGAUCAGUAGUUCUUCCGGAACUUCAGACAGAUUCAGCCGAAUACUCAAGCACAUCCUGACCCAGAGGAGCUACUACCCACUCUACCCUCCCCAGGAGGACAUGGCCAUUGACUAUGAGAAUUUCUAUGCCUAUGCACAGCUGCCGGUCACCCCAGAUGUCUUCAUAAUCCCAUCAGAGCUGAGAUAUUUUGUGAAGGACAUCCUUGGCUGUGUCUGCGUGAACCCCGGGCGCCUCACCAAGGGGCAGGUGGGGGGCACCUUUGGCCGUCUUCACCUCAGGAGGCAGAGUGUGGACAGGGAGGGGAGGCGGAGUCUGUGUGUGGCCGCGCAGGUGGUCAGGAUCUGAGGGUUCUGUCCUUUCUCGUCCCCCAUUGGGCCGGGCCCUGGCAGAUGUCUGAGGGCCAGGAGUGGUCCUCCGCCAAGAUCGAAGGGAAGGAGGGGGAGGCAGCCAGCUGGUAAAGGAGGGCUGCUCGGACCACAUGCAGCUGGCCUCGGACGCUGAGUUGAGUUUCUCCCCAGAAGAAAGCAGUAGUUUCUUGAUGGGUGUGUGGCAUGCAGAAGUGAACUGGCCAUGGACACAGCAUGGCCCAAAAAGACCGGAUAUUCUACCUGAACCAAAUACAGAAACAACUUCUGGAGAAAUAAAAAUAAAUUAAGUGUAA